AUGGCGUCCUUGGUGGCCAUUGCUCUCCUAGUCGCCUUCCUCAUGCCAGUCAUCGUUUACUUGCUCACAAGGCCCCCCAACAAGAAGCUGUUGCCGGGCAAACUGCCCCUGGGCUCACUGGGCCUGCCGAUGAUCGGGCAGAGCCUGGGUCUGCUGCACGUGAUGUGGAGCAACAAUGGCGAGCGGUGGCUGCAGGACCGCGUCGACCGGUACGGCCCCGUGUCGAAGCUGUCGCUGUUUGGCGUCCCGACGGUGUUCGUGACGGGCCCCGCCGCGAACAAGCUCGUGUUCACGAGCGACGCGCUGGCACCGAAGCAGCCCCGCCUACGCGUCAAGGAUGGCGGCGGCGGCGGCGGCGAGCGGCUGCUGACGGACGAGGAGAUCGUGGACAACGCCAUGGUCAUCCUCGUCGCCGGCCAUGACACGUCAUCCAUGCUCAUGACCUUCAUGAUCCGCCACCUCGUGGGCGAUCCUGCAACCUUCGCCGCCAUGGUUCAAGAGCAUGAUGAGAUCGCCAAGAACAAGGCCAACGGUGAGGUGCUAACAUGGGAGGACCUGCACGACAUGCAGUUCACCUGGCACGUGGCCCUGGAGAUGCUGCGGAUGAUCCCUCCCAUCUUCGGCAGCUUCCAGCGAGCGCUGGAGGACAUUGAGUUCGACGGCUACUGCAUCCCCAAGGGGUGGUAG